AUGGCGACAGAUAUGCUCUCGAUCACGGCGCCAACAUACACCAGCCCAGGUGGCUAUGAACUCGCGACACUACCGAAGCCAAUCCUUACUGGGGACAGUGAUGUCCUCAUCAAAGUCCAUGCAGCGAGUAUCAAUCCGGUCGAUGUGAAGAAGGCCGCCGGUGUCUUCAAGAUGGCGAUAAAGGAAGAGUUCCCCUAUAAGAUUGGGUAUGACGCGGCCGGCGUCGUUGUGGAAGUUGGAAACGGUGUGACUAGACUGAAAGUUGGCGAUGAAGUCUACACAAGAUUACCAGAAGUCGGGAGAGGUGCUUGGAGCGAGUAUGUCAAGUGUGCAGACGAAUAUGUCUCUUUGAAACCUAAGAGUCUCUCAUUUGCCGAUGCUGCAUCAUUGCCACUGGCUGGAGUCACGGCAUUACAGGUUCUCGGGCAAUACAAGGGCUCAUUAGAGGGCAAGACGGUAUUUAUUCCUGCAGGCUUGAGCGGGACAGGAGCCAUCGCAUGCCAAUUGGCCAAGAAUGUUUUCCACGCCGGCAAAGUCAUCACCACAGUCUCUACAACCAAGAUCCCCAAAGUGUCAGGGCUCCUUGGCCAGGGUACGGUGGAUCAGAUCAUCGACUACACCAAACAAAAGAUUCCCGACGCCAUUCCUCCAAAGUCCGUCGAUUUCUGCUUCGACACAACCGGUCAAUCCAUGGAAUUCCUCUCACUCAUGGUCCCAUCAAGCGGCAUGAUCGUCUCAAUCUCAACGACUCCAUCUGCCUCGACCCUCCAAGCUUCUAGUGUGAUGCGACGGCCAGAUAACCCUCGGAUCCCGUUCGCCGGACGACUUUUCCUUGAUGCAGCGGAUGCGAUACGUAGACUGCGGGCUUGGCGCUGGGGAGUGACCUACAUGUAUCAUUUCUUGGACCCCAAUCGAGAGGACUUGGAUAAGCUUACGGAUUAUGUGGAGAGUGGAAAGGUGAAGCCUGUUGUUGGAGCAAAGGUUGACAUGAGAGACAUCAAGGCCGUUCGCGAAGCUUGCGAUCAGACUUAUAAGGGCAAGGGCGGGUUAGGAAAGACUGUGUUCGAAAUGAUCAAGGAUUAA